AGAUCGGCGGAGCCGGUGCCGAUGCAUGCAUUUUCACGGUGGGAGGCGAUCGCGCGGACGCGCGAGUCUAUGCUCUUUUUAUCUUGUAUAAAAGAGAAGAGGCGUAGCGCGGGUAACCGCAAUACUAUCUGGAUCGUCCGCGGUGACGAACACGUCAAAUCUCGGACUUGGGGUAUCUUGAUUCGGUUAAGAUAGGUGCGGCGAACGCGAGCUUUUUGAUCAUCCGCGUCUCAUCCGCGAUCCGCGAAACCGAUAGAAACGAAUAUCAUAUCAAGCGGCGCGAGAUUAAUCCAAGGACCGGCAGCAUGCGGUAUUCGGUCCUUUGCGUUCUGGUGCUGGCGAUCAGCGAGCCCCUUCUCAUUCACGCAAAAGUGCUAGUAGUUGUGCCCGUUCACAAGACACGACGAAGUCCAGCCCCAUGGCGACAACAUUAUAAAAAAUCAUCUUACGGGGAUAACGAUUCUCAUCAUACGCACGGGAAUCGUUACUACAGCAAAAAACCUUUUCGACCAUAUCCCUCGGAAAGCAACGACUUCGAUCACGUUUACGAAGCUGAGAAUCACGUACAUAUACCGUCUGGUAAAGACAUCAGUCACGGUAUGUCUUUUGGCAAACCAUACAUCCCAUAUAAUUCCAAGGGCAGUAAUUUACCUUUUGGCCAUGAGAGAUAUGCCGGUGCUUACACGCGUCAACCGAGCUAUCCGCCAACUGAUAUCGCGUCGGUAGGCCAGCAAUAUGCGUCGGCACAUUCCUAUCACAGUCCACAAGUAGACUCAUUUUUCUCUGACAUAGACGGCGCCGCCAGAGGUGGUGGAUUGCAUGAUAAUCUAAAAGAUAGAUCAAACAAGUACUACACUGCUCGUUCUAUCGAAAAGGAUCUCAGCCUGAGGAACCAGCAGAUCCUCAGCAGUAUCGCAGAGAAAGAUCAAAUGACAAAAGGUGCCGAGAUGUACGUCAAGGAUAUUCCUUCGACCGCGUACCACAUGACCUCUGCUGCUAAUAUACAGGGCGCGGUCGUAUUGCCAGCCGGUAUACCGUCAGCCACCAUCGCUGGUAACAAGAACGGCAUCGUGCUCCGGGACACCGUAUCCCUGGAUGAGUAUCAGAAGAAACUGGAGGAACUCACCAAGACUUGGCCGAGUAUGUUAUCCGACGCGAUGCCCAGCUUCACGGCGGCCACCGCGAUUCCGACGCAUCAUCAGCUGCAGACCGGCUUCCCGACCGCCGGUCUGCCAGGUUCCGCGAGCUUCGGCGGGUCGACAGAUUGGUUCUCCAGUUUCGCUCAGCCAAAGCAAGGCUACGCCGUACACGAGGACCCCGGAGACUCCACGACUUAUGACUUUAGAACGAUGCCGAUCCAUGCCGCGUAUCAUCAGCUGCCAUUCACGAACAUGGGUCUGCCGAUUGGCGCAGGUGUCGCGCCGAGUAUUCACGGAUAGAUACGAAAUCCUACGCCAUCGGGAUUUCGAAAUCGAAUAUAAUUUUGAGUUUACUUAUUUUCUCUAGAUACGUGAUGAAAUCUACCGUAUACGUUAUAGAUGUACAAAUGUCAUUUUUGCGCGCCUCACAUCGAGACGUCAAGAAACCUGAACUUGGUGUAACUAUAUUGGCUUCAGGAAAUUUCAAUCCCUGGUACACACUUAGGGGUAUAAGUGUAAUUUUAAAUCUUGCUGGAGAUUUUCUAAUUGAAAUCUUGUUUAAGAUCCUCUGAUGUCCUCAGAGAUUAAUUAUGGUCUACUUUCUCAUGUUUUUUUAUUUGUAUCGAGAUAUACAUGAUCGAGCAAUUAAUACCGCGAAUUAAUCAUAAAGAAAUUUCUAUUCUAAAGUCUUUCCAUCUCUGUUCAGAAAGUAUUUUGUAUAAAAUAGAAAUUGAUAAUGAUAAUAAAAUUAAAUAAUCAAAUUAUUAAAUGUGAAAAAGUGAUCUAUUACAAUAAUAUUUUCUAAUUUUUUAAUAAAUUUUGUUUUCUCUAUUUUUAAAGUAGAAUUCAAAUGUGAUGUUGAAUUUGCUAAAUAUUAUAGAUGUUCAAACGAGUUUUGUUGAUUAGUUUGUCUAUAUAAUAUAUUCCGGAUUAUUUAUAUCAUUUUAUUUAUAAUACUAUUUAAGAAGUUGAUAUAAUGAUAUCUAUUUAUAUAUAUAUGAGCAUUAAUAAUGUUUGAAAAAUCUGGAGAAAUAUUUCCUCUAUGAAUUUUAUAAUGUUACAACUUUUUACAGUUAUUUAAUGUCGAUAGUUUAAGAAUUAGAAUAAAUAAUAGCUUUUUCAUUAUAUUUUUAAUAAAUGCCAACUUUCAAGUAAUUAUGGCAUCUGCGACUAAAACUGCGUCUUGCAUGGAAGUGGAUGACAUGGAACAGUGUCAAUGUUACAGUUUCAAAUAUCUAAUAAGAUUUAUGUACGUAAUAGCAUGAUGAUAAAUUCAUCCCGAAGAUUGCAUGAAUAUUAAUGAUAUUAGAACUAAUUCAGAGGCUCAUACACAAAAUAGGCUUAUUCUUAUGGAAAUUCCUAUGGAAAUUAUUGAUGCAUAUUUUAUAUAGGUAUAUACAUAUAUAUUAAUUAUAAUACUAAAAAUCUCUAAAGAUGUAAAUACAAAAAAAAAAAAAAAAAAAAUUACGAAAAAAUGAUCAGUUUAUAUCGCUAAAGUAUUUUAGUGCGAUAAAGUUUUUACAUGUUUUAUGUUGUAUGCUACUUAAAAAUAUUCUAAUUAUUCCAAAAAACGAAAUGAUCUUUAAAUUAUUAUUAUAUAUCCAUAAAUUUGACUUGUUUCGUUACGUAAAAGACGAGGAAUAUUCAUUCCGAUAUUAUAUGUAUAUCGAGCAUAUCUUAUAAUUUAAGUAUGAAAUAUUAUACACAAAUAUAUUUGCAAUGUUUAAAAAAAAUAUAUGUAACGUAUAAUAAUAAGUUUGUACAUUCAAGUAAUAAUCGUCCCCAGAGAAUUUUUAUCUUUCCUGGAUAAAAUUUAAUAAGUAAGUUAAGCUAUAAAGUGGUGAUCUAUUGCAAUUUCAUUAUUCUGUAAUUAUUCAAAUAUAAGUACAACAGUUAUUACAUAAAGAA